UCUUGCCUCCGCCUCUCUUCAUACAGGUCAAAUUUAACGUCACUUCGACAUGACGGCGUCAUGUGAAUGAGGUUUUGAUCUAAUCCUGCUGCAGGUUUUGCACUAUGGUUGUAUUGAUCAAAACAUAACAAACUUCUGUUUGUGAUUUCUGCUGAUAAAAUCUGUUUAGAGGAUUUGUUCCUGAGAGAAAUGUUGUAUUCUCUCAAGAUGAACUAUUAAAAAUAAAGAGCUGCAGGUGAAAUUAAAGGCAGUUUGAUGUUUGCAGAAGAAACUAAAGAGGCAUAAUUUGGAGUUAUGACCCAGAACUGAGCCCAAUAACUCAGUUUUUUCUGUAUUAUUGAAUUACAGCUGCUGCAUAUUUGGAUUUGAUACGAUAUCAGUGUUUACCUUCCUGACUUUAAGACAUUCCUGCAUCGACUCGUUCUCCCAUGUGAAUACCAAACUCCUCCACAUGCACACAUUCAGGGGGAAGUUAGCAAAUUAGGAGCAUCAAACUUUGAUCCAGUAACAGCAGAUCUGCUGCAGGCUUUCAGGUUCAGUCAGUUUAUUAUCAUGCAUAAUUCAGUUCUCUACCAACAUCAACCCAAAUGACUGAGGAAAGUACUGAAAAUUCAAAUUGUAUUUAUUGUUCAGCACUUAUAAACAUGCAAGUAAUACAAUUACAGGGGAUUCUGUCUGCUAUGUGUGGAAAUAUGCUUUUGAUUUGAAGGAUUAACAGGAAGUGAAUGUUUUGUUUCUGCCUGAGCCAGAAAGCUGUUGGAGUCAGACUGAACUUCUCAGCAGGUUAUAAAGAUGUCCGUCUCAGUGGAUACAGACAAUGGAGUGACUGCUGUUACCAUAGCAACGGACAAUCGGAGCAUGUUGGCACAAUGGCGUCAGAUCGUCAAGGCUCUUCCCUGCGGGGCAUCAUGGCGGUCAGGGAGCAAAGGGAGCAGCGUGGUCGGAGCUCUCGGGACUGUGCAGAUCAUGGUCGGCGUGUUCAACGUUGGACUCGGACCAGAACGUGUAGAAACGUUUCCUUACUGGCUGGGAGUUCCUUUCAUUGCAGCAGGAGUCUUGUCUCUUCUUGCAGACAGAUUUCCUUUCCGCUGCCUGAUGGGCCUUUCCGUCUUUCUGAACGUGGCCGGAUCCAUCCUCUCCAUUGUGGCCAUUGUGCUGUAUGUAGUACAUUUGGCCAGCUUUACUGUCAUUGGGAUGUGUGGGAUCCUGGAUGAAAGGAACUCCAAAAACUGCAUGUUCUUGGCUAAUUUAGCUCAGAAACUGCUGAGAGGCGUGGACAUCACCAUGAUCGUCAUGUCGGUCCUCCAGCUCUGUGUCUGCAUCAGCCUGGCAGUCCUGGGCAACAAGGCUUUCUACUACAGGGGGAAAGAUGUCAAAGAUGUUUUGAUCCAGCAGCCGUUGUUUAAAGAUGGUCACAUGACCAGUCCUGGAGCCCAAAUCUAAUUAAUCUGGUAAAACCAGGGAGAAACCAAAAGGGGGGUCAAGGGGGGCCAGUCCCUCUCAAAUACCAUCAAGCUUCAGAGAACUUCUGCUUUAUUAAACUCCAUUUGGAUUGCAAUUAUUAUUAAAAUGCAAAAAUAUUAAUGAAAAUAGCUCAAAGUGUUUCUAAAUCCCGAGACAUUCUGUCUCUAGCAAAGGUAUUACAAAAUUAGCUUUAUGUUAUUUAUUUAAAAAUAAUUAGAUGCUAAAAUCUCCCAAAUAUAUAUGCAGCCAAAACCAAAGAGGCAAAAAAUAGAAAUAUAUUACGUCUUUAAUUUUUGGGUUCCAAUCGAUUGCAAUGUGAUGGGGAAAUGAUUAAAGUCACCAAAAUGUAUUUUGUAAGUGUAAUUUUUAAAAUGAAAAUGUUUAAAAAAAAAAUUGGUAACAGAAAAAGUGAAUUAAAAACUUUGCAUGUCUUAUUAUUAUUAUCUACGCAUGUAGGUAAAAAUGCAGGUCAUCCUUUAAAUUUUCUUUUCUUUACUAUUUUCUAGAUUUGUUAAAUUGUGAAUUGCUGAUUAAAAAUAUAA